UAGAACAAGAGAGAAGAGAACACAACCAAACCAGCAGCCAAAACCAACUCAAACCAUCAUCCACUCCAACUCAGUCAGUGUGUGUGAAAAAUUCCAAUCAGAAACAAAAAAAGAUACGCAUCCGCGAAUUUCCAACAUAAAAAUUCACAUUCGUCGUUUCGUCCGCUUGCUUGCUUUGCUCUCGUUCACCCCCAAAAAAAAAUAUCAAAUAAAUUACAUAUUCCUCAUAAAAUAAGUUUAUUUAUUUAUUAUUUUCUUUAUUAAAACUUAUCUAACUAAAUCUAUGAAUAAAUUGUAAUUAAAAAUAAGAAUGUCAAGUGCUCAAUAAAAAAAAAUUGUAAUUUGUGUCCACCUUGAAACGAUUUUUUAUAAAAAAAGAAAAAAAAAGGAAAGAAAUUCCUUAUAAUUUAUAAAAUACAUAUAAAUAAUAGUGUCAUCUCUUUUUUAUUCCAUAAGUUGCUUAAAAAAUCUAUUACGUUAAAGUGAGUGCGAAAGAAUGUCUAAUCGAAUUUGGGACAACGAAUAACAACAAAAAAAAAAACAAAUAUGUAAACAUAAUUCUCCGUCGACGUCAAAAUAUUAUAAUAUAUCUAUCUCAUUUACUCUUUUGGGUUGUAUACGAGUGUAUGAAUGAAUAUGUGUAAAUAGCACCACUCUCUCUCUCUCUCUGGUGCUCUCUCUCUCUUAUCUUUUUUAAAGUGACAAUUCCAAAUUUUUUUUGUUUUGAAUAAAAAAAAGUAGUAGAAAAAAAAGAAACAAAAAUUUUAUUAUUGGGAAAUCACCCAAAAAGGAACCUUGAAUUCCUCCUGAUACUCUUAAUUUAGAUUCGAUCAGCAGACGCCUUUGGUCUCUAAAAAAAUCUUUUUUCAUUAUUUUCUUCUUCUCGACGUGAUUGUCUCCACUCUGCGUUGUUGUCUCUGUGCGUAUUCGAAAUUCUCUCCAAGUCCUCCUCUUCUCGGUCCUUGAUUUUUUUUCAUUUUUUUUGCUCGAGGUUUUUUAACAUAUUUUCUGAACAAUGGACGACUUGGGAGCUGAACAUUUGAGUGAACUAUCAGUUAAUGAUAAAAAUAUCAAACCUCUUGAUAUUGCCAAAAGUCCUGAAUCAAUUCCUCCCUUGGCCACCGCCUCGGCCACUUUACGAGCUGCUUUUUUAGAACAAAAGUAUGACAAUAGUGAGACGAAUGUGGCCAAGCCCGUUGCCACUCCUCGAAAUCGUCACAAGGACCGUGUCAUUUUAAACACGGUCCACCAUCACCAAAACGAGGCAGACGAGGAGGAGACCUCGCUGGCUUCGUCGUCCGAUGGACGUGAAAAAACUGAUGCCACACCAGAGAAUGCAAAAAAAAUCGAUGAUGUCAUACAAAAUCAGUUGAAGACAUUACAAACAGACACAGUUGCAGCAAAUCCUCCAAAUAAGUCGACUGCAACUGUGUCCAUAAAUGACGAACAACAACAACUCAGCCAAACGACACCAAAUUCCACGAUCGCCGAUGACGAUGAAUCAUCGGCAUCGUCGGCCACUGCCAAACAGCAACAAUGUCUGGCUUUUACAAUCGAUUUUGGUGAUGAUUCUGUUAAAGAUUCAAGUUCAUCGGUGGCGGCAGCAGCCAAAUACAAGAGUAUGGUUGAGCGAUUUCAAAAUCGUCAUCGACGAGGUGCUUCAAUGUCGAAGAUUGAAGGGGCUGGUGAAGUAGCUCAAUCUACAGCUACGCCGCCGGCUUCCCUUGAACCACCAACUCCGACUGCACCUCCUCGGAGUCCUCGGGCGCCGCCUGAACUGCCUCCUGCAGGCGCUCCUGAUACCACAGUUAAAGUUAAGAUGCGUGCUCGAGAUCGAAGCACUUCGAGGGUAAAAGACGCCACCAAAAGACACAGUUGGUCACCUCGUUCGAGUACAACUGAACCGCCACAAUAUCAUCCAGCGACGAACCAUAAUCAUCCCAAACCAGUGUCGGUGGUUGCUCAUAAAGUCCCAGCAACAACAACGAAAAAAGUCAAAACUAAACCGUCGAAUCUGACUUUGUCGUCUACGUCCACUCAUCCAGAGCCAUCAAGAAAGGAGAAGACUGCAUCCAAUAAACCCUUUACACCUCGAUCGACUGCAAUGCAAAUGGCAUUGCAGAAAAUUGAUUUUUUAUGUCCACAACCUCCUUUGGAUGAUUAUCAUCAUAAUAUGGCUUUAAAUGAUAAUGUUAGUGAAGCUGGAACUUAUACCCUUGAUGGAGACAAUUACACUGAGGAGCAAAAAGAUCUAAUGAACAUUGAUAAAACAACAACUACAACUAGUUCGGAGGUUUCAUCAUCUGGUAAUCAGAAUCAUCAUCUACAUCAACGUCCUAAAGAUCUUCCAUUGAGAAAUAAUAUACAAACAAGUUUGCAAGGAAGACGACGAAAUAAUGUUUUAGAAGUUAAUUUCUAUCAUGAUACAACAACGACACCGUAUAAGCCAGCAGCAAGUAAGACAUCGUAUUUGGAGAAGAUUAAAUCGAGAGUGAGGAAUAUUACAGCACAGAAACCACAGCAACAGCAGGGACAUCAUCAUCAUCAACAAGAUAAAUUGAAGGAAUCAUCACCACCAGAUCCAGAUGUGGGGACAUUUACUAGUGUCACAACGAGUGGGGUUUUGGCUAAAAAGACUACUUUGGACUCACAUCCUAAGCUGACAAGACGAAGUAGUUUGUCGACUUCACAGAUUGAUAGUUCGGAAUAUGUUAGCACUGAGGCGAAAUUGAAAUCCAAUUCUGGAGCUGCUUACAAUGGAGGUUAUACUGACCAUCAGAAAUCUGGCUAUCGAUUGAAUGUUUUCACCACUCAAACUGACGCCCAAGUUCUGUCAUCCGCUAUCGAAUCACCAGAAUCUCCAAUUAGCAAACACUCUGACACGGGUGGACUAAAGACAGCCCAAACGAAAAACGAUUGGAUACAAGAAUGGGCGAGGAAUGCUCGUGCGAGAAGUGUUGCCUCGGUUAUUAAAGGUUCGCCCAUCAAACAAUCUAACCAACAGCAAUAUGAUAUUAUGUCGAGAAGUUACAACUGUGGUGCUGCCGAAGAAGACCCUCCAACUGAUGACAGUAUGAUAUAUCGCAAUAAGACUAUUGAUCGGUUCCGGAUGGGUGAUUUUGACUAUGCGUCGGAUCCGAAUGUUUCUGCCCAACGACCGCCAAAGUCACCGACAAAAAUACCAUCGCCUCUUCACUCGAUUGGAAGAGCGAGGAGUGCAAGUCAUACAAGAGCUUCGCUGCAGAAUAUUAUCCAAGAUGACCCGAAUAACACAGAUUUGUAUCUACAAAAGACCGCAGCAGCAAUAUCGAAUCUUCAGCAAACUUUAUCACGAAAGAAUUCAAUUAAAUCUCCUCCAUCGUCAAGAGAUUCUCCAAAGAAAGUAUCAACACAACGUCAUCAAUACUAUUCAGCAGAUGAAUAUAGCCCACAACAUAGUAUCGAAGCAAAGUUAUUAGUUAAUAAUCCAUUGCACAAACGAGGAACACCUGGCAACAACCUUAUGACUAACAGCUAUCACGAACAACUUGUUUUAGAUGUUAAAAUUCCACGAGCACGAAAGAACUCCUACGACGCCCAAGCACUGACUGUGUCACCAGCACGACAACGACAACAACAUCAGCCCUUGCUGACAAAUAAUAAACAGUAUUAUGGUAACAUCGAUCAAACGAAUAGGGGAGCUGUUGUCGUGGAGCAAACAUUGAUUAAACAACAACAGCAGCAACUAUCUCCAUUGCGAAGGUCAAGUUCCUUCUCAACAAAGUGUAGGGCAACUACCACGACUUCAUCGCAGCAAAAAAGACCAAUUGUCAAUAAUAUGUAUACCCCACCGACAAUAAGGCAUAAUUAUGUUGGUGGACCCGGUCAGCAGCCAGUUACGGCAAUUAAAAAAUCAGCCAGUAGCACUACAUUCAGACAUGUCUAUAGCGAUUAUGAUGAUAAUGUGGCUUAUUACAUUAAUGAUGAGGAUGAUUUAGUCGAUGUAGAGUAUUAUGGGUCAUCGGAUGAAGAUCUACAUUCGGGUAAUGAAGAUUAUGAAGAGUAUAAUGAUGAUUUGGUUGUCUCGGAGUCUGUGCAGACGACUGAGGUGCCAUUGACCAAUACGAGGUAUAAUAAAGCUCUUUUAAUGAGAAUCGAGAGGAGUAAACAGAAGGUAGCUGGAACGGUUGCUCCUGGUGGUGUAGCCAAAUCGAAUCUCCUAUCAGCAGCUGGAGUAGUAGCUUGUCCCAAUACUCCAGAAUUGCCAAGACGUACUAUUAAAAGUGCACCACGUUCCUCGAUGCGACAAUCGAUGCCGCGCGAUUCAAGUUUGAAUCGACUGGCUGGUCAUAUACCUAAUUCGCUAGCAUCGGCGAAGAAACAAAUUCUCCAAACAGCCAAUGCAGUUGUAGCGCCGUCGUCUACAUCAGCUGCAACUAAUCCAUCAUCAUCAUCAAUUGAAAAUGCCAAUUCGAAACGUAUCCAACCAAAGUAUAUGGAUAUAUCUAAAUAUAAACCAGUACAAGGGAAUAAUUUCCUGCGAAAGAACGAUGCCAAGAGCACAUUGAAACCAGAGAUUAGACGUAGUCCCAGCAGUGCAUCGAUGGGUUUGUCUAGGACGGAUGCAACGCGUGCAUCGAAUAGGAGUGUUAAAUCGGCGACAUCGGGUAGAGGGACAUCAGCUUCGGCAGCGUGGAGAGAUACUUCUGUCACAAAACAGAAGGAAGUUGAAUUGGCUAUGUGGAAAAGACGUGCGAAAUAUGAUCCAAUGCGUGCAGCUGCUGAGGAUCGGAGGAAAAAAGAAGAAGCAAAAAAGUCAACAACGACGACGAUGACGACGAAUACGACACAGGGCAAUAAUAAUGGACAGGCUGGAGGUGCUGUUACUGAGAGGUCAGACCUGUUGACUUUGACAAUGAAGACGAAUAUAACAUAAUUUUCUAUAUCUCCCUCGUCAUCAUCGUCGUCGUCUAAGGAAAUGAAGACUCUAUUUUUCUACGCGCUCAAAACUCUAAUUUCAAAAAUAGCAUUCGAGGCAAAGCGAAGCACAUUGGGAACACACUUUACCAUUAACCUAUAAGCAGGCAAAACAACGUUUGUUGGAUUUCUUGGAUCGACUCAACUUGAAAAAAAAAAAAUGAAAACAGAAAAAAACAGAUAUAAACAACGUAAAAAGAUAAAAGUGAAAAUAUUAUAGUUUUUACAGACUAGCUACAUAGGUGAUGGGAUUUUGUUUGUGUUGUUGUUUUUGUUGCUGCUACCAUUUGUGUUUGUUGUUUUUUUUUUCUGUUUUUAUUUCAUGGUCUCUAUAUUCGAAUAUAAAAAAAGGAAACUUUAUGGAUUAUUAAGAAUUAUAAUAAGUUAAGAAAGAUAGAGGGAAAAAUGAAAUAUACAUAUAGAAUUUAGGUCACACUUAUAAGUUUCCUUAACUCAGCUACACCAUAAAUUUUAUACAAAUCGAAACUUUUGAAUGAGUCAUAAAAAUGCGGUUGAAUAUACUUUAAAGUAGUAGGUAGGUAGGAAUGUAGAGUGUAUAUCUUAUAUCUAAUCUUUGGUGCCUUUGCAUAAAGUAGGUACAAACUUGACCUUGAUUUAUGUAUAAAGUGCCUCCACUUUAGAAAAUGUCUUUUUUAGUGACACUUUUUUGCAUUGCACUUUAUAAUUUCAUUUG